AUGAGCGAGGGGGCUGCCGGCGCCGCGGCGCCCGGGGCGGCGGAGGCGGCUGCUGCGGCGGGGGGCCCGGGCGGGGAUGGGGCCGGGGGGCCGCCGCGGGAGCUGCGCUGCAGCGACUGCAUCGUCUGGAACCGGCAGCAGACGUGGCUGUGCGUGGUACCCCUCUUCAUCGGCUUCAUCGGUCUGGGGCUCAGCCUCAUGCUGCUCAAGUGGAUCGUGGUGGGCUCCGUCAAGGAGUACGUCCCCACCGAGCUGAUGGACGCCAAGGGCGUGGGGCAGGACCCCUUCUUCCUCUCCAAGCCCACCGCCCCCCCCCGCGGCGCGGAGACCACCGCCGCCGCCACGCCGCGGCCGCCCAGCCGUGUCAGCCCCCGCCUCACCACCAUGAGCCGGGCUCCCCCGCGGCCCCCCGGCACCCGCGGCCCUGCGCGGGGCGGCCCGCGGCCCACCGCCGCCAGGCACCCCGUGUCGCCGCACACGGCACCGCCCGCCAGCGGCCCCCCCGGCACCGCCGGCCGCGGCGCCCGGCCGCCGCCCGCCGCCCCCAGCACCCCGCCGCUGCCCGCCUGGCCCACUGCGGCACACGCUACCUCCUCCUACAAGAUCUACGUCCACGACUCGGCGCCGUCCUGGACCUUGUCUCCCUUCCAGGAGUCGACCACCACCACGCCGGAGGCCAGCACGACCCUCAAAACCCACACCACAACGUAUUCCACGGAGCGCUCGGAGCACUUUAAGCCAUGCAAAGACAAGGACCUUGCAUACUGUCUCAACGAGGGGGAAUGCUUCGUGAUCGAAACCUUAACGGGAUCCCACAAACACUGCCGGUGCAAAGAGGGCUACCAAGGAGUCCGCUGUGACCAAUUUUUGCCGAAAACCGACUCAAUCUUGUCAGAUCCAACAGACCAUUUAGGAAUUGAAUUCAUGGAGAGCGAGGAGGUGUACCAGCGCCAGGUGCUGUCCAUCGCCUGCAUCGUCUUCGGCAUCGUCGUGGUGGGCAUGCUGUGUGCAGCCUUCUACUUCAAAACCAAGAAACAAACCAAGCAGAUCCACGAACAGCUGAAAGAAACGCAGAAUAGGAAAACCUACAGCCUAAAUGCUUCCAGCAUGAUGGCAAAGUCAGAGUGUAUGGCACAAAGCCAAGUCCAGCUGCAAAAUUAUUCAAAGCCAGAUAGGCACCCGGGGCCCAUUCUGCACAAAGUUAUGGAGUCUAGUUUUUCAGGCACCCAGUCUUUCCCAGAGGCCUUGUCUCCUGACAGAGGAACCCAGCCCAUCAAGCACCACAGAAGUCUCUCUUCAUGCUGCAGCCCAGGACAGAGAAGUGGGAUGCUCCAUAGAAAUGCCUUUCGGAGGACUCCUCCCUUGCCUCGGGGUAGGUUCAAUGGGAUUGCAGGACCAGCAUACCAACAGCUCCAGGAGUCCAGGAUCACCGAGCAGGACACCAUACCUUGUCACGGGUAUUCAUCCAGUGGUUUAAAAACUCCUCAGAAUCCUUCAAUAAAUAUGCAACUGCCUUCAAGAGAGACAACCCCAUAUUUUAAUAACGUGGAUCAGAAGGACUUGGUCAGCUAUUCCUCUUCAAGGGCCAACUCCGUUCCCAUCAUCCCGUCUGUGGGCUUGGACGAAGCCUGCAUGCAAAUGCAAAAUGUUCCUGAAGUAACAGGCAUCAAAUGGUGCAAAAACUCCUAUUCUGCUGAACUUGUCAACGUGAGUUCCCCAGUCAGUAAUUGUCUAAUAGCAGAACAGCACGAGGUGAAAAUCUUGCUGGAAACUGUGCAGGAGCAGAUCCGGAUGCUGACGGACGCGCGGCGGGCGGAGGACUCGGAGCUGGCGAGCACGGAGGUGCGGGGCGGCGCGAGCGAGAACACGGCCUUCCUGCCCAUGAGCCCCACGGCCAAGGCAGAGCGAGAGGCACACUUUGUCCUCAAAAGUGACACGCAGAGAGACUCAGUAUUGACCAAGUGACUCCGUCUGGGGGCUGUGGGAGGGGAAACGAGAGGUCCGCGCGUUCGGCGCUUUGCUAAAAAGGAAGGGAGGAAGUUAAAUACAAAUUAUUUAUAUGCAUUAAUUUAAGAGCAUCUACUUAGAAGAAACCAAAUAGUCAAUCGCCCUCAUAUCAUAGUGUUUUUUAACAAAAUAUUUUUUUAAGGGAAAAGUUCCAGGAGGGAUGAAGCGUGCUUUUAGAUGCUUUCUAGGCAGGAUUACACAGUUCCAGUUCCAGAGGACUUUUCCGUGGUCCUGUUCGGCUGUCCGAAGGCUUAGGCUAUGCAUCUCCUUUUCAGUAAAGGCCAAGUACUGUCCUUAGAUGCAUUUCUGGUUUCAGGGCAGCGCUGCAGUGAGCUGCUGGGCAGGGAUUCAGACGCUGGAGAACAUGUCCUGUAAGCCCAACACAGAUCCAGUGCCCUCUCCCCCUCUGCUUUUGAUUCCAGGUUCACACCACGAGAACAGGCACACAGACACCUAGUUCUGAGUUCUGGUACCUGCUGUGGAAUGAUGACAACGUCCCUGAAUUGAGCAGAUGUCUAACUCUCAACCUUAAUUCAAUUUGUCAGUCACUCCAAGAAAGUCAGUGGAAUCAUUUAGGAGCUUUGGGAUUGGCCAAGAGUGGGAGCAGGAUUGGGGUAUACAGAGAUUCAGUGAGUCUACAGCUGCUCCAUCUUCUGAGCUUUGCCUAUCAGAGCUGCCUUGGUGGAGAGUGAGGAAGAGCGAGAAGAAAUGUAUAAGUGUGUAUUACAACAGGUUUGGUUUUGGUUUCUGGUUUGGGUUUUUUUUAGUGGAAACAUAAACUCUGUUGUUCGUUAGCACCCCUCAACAUUUCUAAACUUUUACACUUUAAAGGCAUUUGUAAGCUCUCAAGGAGCACUUCUCAGUGUGUGUGUAUUUUUUUUAAACUUAUUUUUUAUUAUGGCUUGUUCAGAGAAGAGUCAGGGAGAUCCAGUAUGAUCAAAAUCCAGCCAAUAAGUGUCCAUGCUGCCUAAUUUGUUCCUGCAUUCAGUUCUCCAGUCACUUUAAUUAAUUAUGGCUUAGGCUUGUGAACUUUAAAGCUUCAAUCCUGCAGAUGGUUCAGUAUGGGCAGGCCCACAGGCAUGCAGAGAUCUGACUCUGAUGGAGCUUUCUAGGAGCAGAUGGUUCCACCAAGUCGCUCCCUGCAGGGGAUCAAGGCCUUAGAGAGGAUGUAUCAUUCCCUGGUUGCCGUAUCCUAAUCACAUUGUAAGUCCUUUUUGCAUUAGCUUUCUUUUGAGUCCCUCUUCCCCCCAUAAAUUGUAACAGAAUGUGCCAAUUUUGCAAUGAAUUGGGUUCAGUGACACACCUUACUGGGUUUAUUAGUCUUAAAAUAUCUCCUUACUCUCGGGGGGAAAAAAAUCCACUAUAAUAAAUAAUCCCUAAAUAGCCUUCCCUGGUUAGUGCCAGGAGACUGAUAAAAAAAAAAUUAAGAGUAUAUACAGAAUGUAUUAAAAUAUUCCUUUGAAGCAAAAUAAUUGUUAGAUAUAUUAAUAUGCCCCAGACUUUCUAGUUCACAAGUCUCAAGGCUUCCCAAAAUAGCACAAUCAAUCCCACAGUGCUGUUGUAUGUUGAGUCAGAAUAAAGCAAUAUCUUAACCUCUGUCAAGUAAAUUUGGAAAAGAAAUGCUGAAGGUGUAUGUCAAUUUUUUUUUUUUGUUAAGGCAGUAAAAAAAAUUAUUUUUGACAGUCUUCAUUCAGCAAGUCUUAUUUUGUGUUGCUUUUGUGGUUUUGGGGGUACUUUUAAAGAUAAAGUUGAUGAAAUUGUCCUGUUUACAGAAUUUUCUAUGGCUGCAAUCUUUGCUGUGUGUUUUCAACAGAAAUGGAUUUGAGGGCAAACUAUUGUUUUAUGCCCCAGGAUGGAGCGUGAGGUGUUCAGACUCCCUUCUGCAAAGACAGAGCUUUUGUUGUAGCAGUGAGCGGGGAUCCACGUGGGGUUUGGGCUCACCCUGGCAUUUUCCUGCCAUCUGUGGCGCCUGGGCACAGUCUCAUGGUGCAUGAGCUGAGCUAAGCUGGCUGUGGUGGGCAUGGCCCCGAGCCCACACCAGAUAAAGCCUCUGAAAGGCAGGGUGCAUUAGGUGGGGCUCAGCUUUGCACCCCUACAGUCAUUGGACCUUUCUGUCCGCACCACUUGCAUUCCCCCAUCUCAGGACAUGAGCAAAGGGAGCUUGCCUCUGCCCAUAAGCCCUGUGAACAUACCUGAAUUUUCAUAUUAUAUGAAAACUCGGUGCUAUAUAAACCUCUGGUUCAACUAUUUUCAAACAGUGAUCACAAUUAAUGAAUUGUUCACCAUUAAAUUCUUCGAGAUGGUCUUUCUGCAAUACAGUGCAGAAUCCUGCCCAAACUGAUGCUUAAAAAUUCAAUCUUUUCAAUUCAGAUGCAAGAUCUUCCUUCCCCCAAGCUCUGCAAAUUCACCUCUGGCAACAUAAUGGGAACACACAGCAAGAUUUCAGUUGAAGAAAGAACCAUAUCAUAGGCCAUGCCUUUAGGGAGAGAAUGUGUUCAUGCAGCACCCCCGAAAGACCCAGAAAGAGGAGACGAGCAAUGUAUUUAAGAGAAUGAAAUGUUUUACUGAAUGAUAGCUGAAGAUCUGAAAUGGUGAGGAUAUCUUUGGUUGAUGUUAGAGAUACGAUCAUGUACUCAGCAAAGGAUGUGUGACUGUUAUAUGUUAACUGUUCUAUUCAGUUCUCAGCAUGUUUGAAUAGAGAGAUGUUAAUAUUAACCAA